GAAAGCUGGACGAGCUGACUGUCAGCAUGGAAAACCAAAUUGCCGAGAACCCGGAUGCAGUGGCUUCAGAAAUCAUGAAGGCGGAUCCACAUCUGAAACCCACCUUUGAAGGAUACAACGAGAUGGUGGGGACCUUCUAUGCGCUCCACGGCUUGGACGCUGAACUCUAUGGCAGCAUCCAGGAUGCCGUGGCGCAGAUCAAGCGCAACACCUUCGCGGCCAUCCUACUGCAGUGCGACCCUGGGGAGACUUUGGAGAUGCAGGCAGAAGAAAAGAACGACUUCAAAGAUCUCCAGGAGAAGUGCGGCACAGGCUUGUGGAAAGCUGCAGGCCUAAAGCGCAAGAAGUUCCCAACCUUCAAGGGUCAGUCAGCGCGUAUCACUGACGCUUGGUGGGAUGCGAGCCUCGAAGACCCAGAGACGGAGACCAACUCUGAAUCUGAACCCAGUGACAACACGGUGGAUGGUGCCAUCCAGGACUCCCAGGACUUGCCCAAGACGGUUGAAGCCAUGGAAAUCACCUCAGAACCGGAAAGUGUGCCGCGAGAGGAAGGUCCAGACGUGGAAGCCAUGGAUACGGCUGUGCCGCCUGAGGAAGGCUCGAAGGAUGAGGAAGCCAUGGAAAUCACCUCAGAACCGGAAAGUGUGCCGCGAGAGGAAGGUCCAGACGUGGAAGCCGUGGAUACGGCUGUGCCGCCUGAGGAAGGCUCGAAGGAUGAGGAAGCCAUGGAAACCACCUCAGAACCGGAAAGUGUGCCGCGAGAGGAAGGUCCAGACGUGGAAGCCGUGGAUACGGCUGUGCCGCCUGAGGAAGGCUCGAAGGAUGAGGAAGCCACGGAAACCAUUCCACCCACGGCUCACAGCUUGCUAGUGUUUAGGCCUUUCUCGUGCGCCAUGCUUGCCCGCAUUGUGGUGCACGUGUCGCUCUUUUCGUGUUUGACGGCCAUCCGCGAUGAUGCUGCUCUGCGUUACGGCCUGAAUACGGGAGCCGCUAUCAUCACCGACAGCAUGGCCGGCGCUGUGCCCCUUGCGGUGAAUUCGGCCAUCCGGAAGGUGAAUGGCCGAGUGUCCAGGAAGAUGAAGGCUGUCCAGGCACAGAUGGAUGCGGUGAAAGUAAAGCAGACAGCUGCAGAGUCUGCAAUGCAGAAGAAGAACGCAACCCUGAAGGCGAUCGAAAGCCACAACGCGGAGUAUACUGCUCAUGCCAAGAAAACCAGGGAAGCCUUUGCAGCUCUAGAAGAUGCGAUGGAGGUGCACUCGUCGAAGAAUAACGACUUUGAGAAGGCCAAGGACUGCUGGGACUGCAAGGAUACAAAAUUGGAAAAGGAUGGCAAGGGAUCUUUCCCGCUGUCUCCGCCUUUCUCCACCUGUGCAUUUGAGUUCUCACAUUUCCAUUUUUGUACCCAUGAAGGGUUGGAUGCGUCGCUGUCCACAGGUCUGCCGUGCGGUGGUGACAUGGUAUUAGAAGAGCCGUUUCAGGCGCCCAUAUACUCCCGGUACUUAUCCCCCACGCCUGCAGCCAUGGCGCGGAAGCUCGCGCGACCAAUGGCGGCGGCCAAGCCGAAAAAGGUCGUGGAAUGUGACGAUGAGUCAAGCUGCGAGGAUUUUGUUUUUGAGGAUGACUUUUGGGAGUUGGAUUGGAUCCUCCUCCUGAUCAUCCAGUGUGGUGGGAACGGCGUCCUGAAAGAAGAGGAAUGGAAGACCUUGGAUGCCUCUGUUCUAGAGGCCACUGAGGCAUUGGGCGAGAAAAGGGAAAAGGCCAUGAAGGCCCAAGAGGAAAAGGAUGAGGAGCUCAAGGGGAUGGAGAAAGCUCUGGAUGACAAGAAAACCGAACGCGAUGAAGCUGAAAAAACCUUGAAGGAAAAGGAGGACAAAUUGAAGGAAGCUGGCGACUUCAAGAAGAACAAGGCUGAUGAGCACGACAAAGCGGAAGCAGCCAUGCACGAGGCUCGAAAGGCCUUGGAUAAGAGCCAGCUAUUGCUGGACACAGCCAUUGACGCCGCAGAGAAGGCCUCAGCUGAAGCGAAAGCAGCCGCAGAUCAAGUAAAAAUCCUGGAAGAGGAACAUGGUGACGAAAAGAAGGGUUUGGAAAUGCUAUUGAAAGUGCGAACCGCCAUUGAAAGCUUCUACGGAAACUUGGUG